AUAUCUUAUAUGCAACCCCACAUGGCCACAAGCCCACCCUAGGCAGGGUGAGGGGUGAGAGAAACACCCUCUUUACUACUUAUUGCAGAGACUUAGUUUAACUCCUUGUUGAACUUGUUGCACAGCUGAUCGGAUCUUCUUGGAUAUCCACUUUAUCGCUCGCAGGCCUUGGAUUAUCUCUUCCCUAUCUACCAGCACAGACAGGUAACUUUUUUUUAAAUCUUUCCUCAUUAAAUUUAAAAUUCAAAAUAUAAAAAUGAAAACUCCAAAAUGUCUUCUUCUGCUAGUGUGAAGAACUGACUGAGACAUAUCAGCUGAGGUUAUUAUUUGUCCAGCUAUGAAAAGAAGCUAAGCUGUGGUUAUGUGCUAUAAUAGAAAUUGCAAGUGUGAGCAGUCAGCAGACUGGAACACAGUUCAGUUGAUUCUUCUAUUUAUUUUCAAUGAGCUCAACAACACAGACAGGUAAAGAAAACACUGUUAUUGAUCGAUAUUGUUGAUAAAUCUUACAACAUGUUGAGAAUUUUAUGUUGUACACUUGGGUCCAUUUGCAGUUAUAUAUUUUUUAUUCCAACAGCAUGAUACAUCUAUGUUAGAGCGCCUUUGUAGGAAAGCAUCAUCCAAUGAAAUUGUGAUUUUUUAGCAAUUCUGACUAGCAAGCUAACAGCAUGAGACAUUCAACAUUCAAAAUACUGACACCGAGCUGAUGUUUUUUUUUUUUUUUUUUUUUUUUUUUUAUGUCUUAAAAAAAUUCAGACAUUAAGCUCAAGGCUUUAGCUGAAAAAUAACAGGAGGGCAAAAAAUGACAUUUGCAUAAAGCCUUUUUGACAGACCUGAACCCUGACAUAUCCACAUUCUGUGCAACUUUUACUCAAAUCAAGACUACUACUACUACUCUAACAGUAUUAAAUCUCAGCAGCUUAAUCUGAGACUAAAAACCUACAUUUCUGUCUGCAGAAAUACAAAUCAAUGUUCAAUUUCAUGAUCUGCACGCUGUGGCUCCAGAGCGUAAGCUUCUUACUCAGGCACCAAAAGUGCAACAGCAACUAGCAGGUAAAAAUACACAAUUGAAACCCACAAAUGCUGCAACACCAUAUGUCUUUGUCUUUGGUACAAGUUGAGGAAAUAGGCCUCAUUAUUUCACAUAUUUUCAUGACAGCAUAGUGAUAAAAAAGCUAAAAAAAGACCUUGGAGGCAAUGUUAAUGCUGUGUUGCAAGUGAAACUUUGAUUUUUAGGAAGAGCUGACCUCUCCAAGGGUGUGAGCAGAUUCCUUCUUCCUUUUUUUUUUCUUUAGAAAACUGGGUCAUGGUUUUCUAACUUUUCAGGCAGCAGACGAUGGCGGUAUCCACUACAGCUGUGACUGCUUUUAUUGGUUCAAGUGAAUACUCAACUCCAGAAGUCUCAACAAGGUAAGACUACACUUAUAGCUGACACAUAUCACACCUCCUUUGCUGUUUUUGUUUUGAGUCUUUGUCAGUCUGUGCCUCGCUGUCUUUGUCUGUUUGACAUGUGUUUUUAUUUUCGUUGUUCACUCUCUGCCUUCAGUGGAAUUUGCUUCGCCGUCGCAGCUCACUGAGCUCACUUUUGAGUCUGGUAAUUUGAUAACCUUUCCCAAAGGAUCUGACUAUUUGGCUGACAUGCGUUAGUCUUUAUCCUUCAUGUUUGUUGAACAGCGCAGCUUAUCUUUGGCUCUGUUUACAUCUGAUUUUAAUAAUUUCCUGCUGUAGUUGAUCAGAAGUAGACGGUUUUGAAACAAGCAGGAUGAAAUAAAAUCAUCUUUUAUAAUCUACAAAAGCAAAUGAGACCAUUUGAGUGAAGAUUAUGUCAUGUCUAUGCCGUCACUCUGUUCUCUGUACCAAUAACACAUUGAAAAACACCCUUUUUGAAAUGAUACAGAUUACAAGUUGUACAUUAAGUGUUUCAAAUAAAGCAGGCUGCCAACCCAAGAGUUUCACGCAGGAGCUUGACUAACAGCUGUAAUUAAGCAAGUAUUCAGAAAAUUUAGGACGGUCUGAAACACAGUGUCUCAGCAGUCUGUACAUAAAUAUGUCCUGGGACACAUUUCCUUUCCACCUCUUUUCCAUCUCCAGGGCAAUGAGUGAUUAAUUAUUGGUUGAUUUUACAGUCUCCUGCUGUGUCUCAUAAAAAAUCUUUGGUGUUAUCAUUAUCAUCAAACAUCACUCCUUUUAUAGUCAAACAUGGAUCAGAGUGGAAUUUGGAUAACUUACAGGACAAACAGUUCCAUGUGACUUGCUAUGAGAUCUAAUAUAAUCUUAUUCCAGACAAAAAAGAAUUGAGCCAGAGAUGAAAGACCAGACUCAUGGGUGGCUUAUUUGUGGUUUAUUUCCAUAGUUUCCUGCAAAUCUAUUCUCUUUUUUUCCCAAUGUUUCCAAAAACUCAAACCUGCAGCCAAGUUUCUACACUGAGUGUGUUUACAUGGUGUUGUUUUUUUUUUUUUUUAAAUAUCCUGUUUUUGUGUUUGUGCAUGUUAACGACCCUAAUUUCAGAAAGUGGAAUGACCCCUUCACCUGGAUACUGUAGCAAAUUACCCCGGUUUCUGACAACUGCUGAUUAUCUGAUAGCCUGGUGUUGUCAGCUUCUUCCAUUUUUCAAUCAGCAAGACACAUCUAAGUGCCUCUGGGAGGAAUUUUACAGACCUACAACCAAUCAGAUUAAUGCAAAUUAGUGUAUGGCAACAGAAAUGUAAACAGAUAGCAGCAUGCUGAGGAAAGAAAGACCUUUAUUACCAUUAAACACUGUAUGUGCAGUUAGUCAUUUUUAUCCUGUUGGCCAUGAUAGCAUGUCCUAUGGACCUCCCAGUGGCAGAAGCUUCCAUCUUUGUAGUUUAAAGAUACCCUGGAGUAGUGUCAUUAUCUUAAAAUAGCUCAAACUUUAUUCAGAUAAUUCAUCUGUUGACACUUGACAUGCUAUCAGUUUACACAUGGCAUGGAGAAAAGCAUCAGAAAGUACUGAAAAUAACCACAAUGCAACAAAAACCCCAGAAAUAAGUACAGUCUUACUGAUAAGUAUAAUGUCUAACAUCGUUGUGCUAAGCCUCUCAUUUUUCUUGAAGUUCAGAAUCACCACAUGCUUUUUGUCAAAUAUCAGCAUCUCAGGAACCUGCAUAAAUAACAUGCAAUAAUCUGGAAAAGGUGCAAGUAUUUUUUUAAUUUUAAUUUAAUUAACAGGGCUACACAAAGCCAGAUCGCUGUGGUGCAUCUAAAAACCAUUAUUAAACUGGGACAAGGCUAAUGGCAUGUAAAUGUACUCGUAAAAUUACUCGCCACAGAACUUUUUAGAAAAAUCUGAGAGUUUUACAUCAGGUCAACCCUCCUAUUAAUAUCCAGGUGCUUGCUCUAUUUUUCUGCAUGAGCCCUCUCUCUCUCUCUCUCUCUCUCUCUCUCUCUCUGCUUGGAGUUUUUGUCUCACUGUUUUUCAGUGUAUGAGUUCAUGUGCAGAUAAAUGUGACUGGAGCUAUAUAAUUAUUUGCUUAUUGGUCAGUGGAGACACAUUUCGAGUCAAAUGUUGAUAUGUGAUGUGAUCAGUUAAAAAAACCCUUCAUUUUUGAUGGUUCUGUCUUGUUUCUUGCCAGCUCUCCUACAGAGGCCUUCUUCGAGAACGGCACAGUUUAUCCCUCGGAUUACUAUUAUUACCCUGACGAUGAUGACUAUGGGGUGUGUCGAUAUGAGAGUCAUGGGGCGACUUUUCUUCCAGUCCUCUACUCCAUAUUCUUCCUUGUCGGUCUUCUGGGGAACUCUCUGGUCAUCUGGGUCAUUGUUUGUGGUGUGCGACUCCGCAGCAUGACAGACGUGUGCCUCCUGAACCUCUCUCUUGCUGACCUUCUCUUGGUUUGCACUCUUCCUUUCCUCGCCCACCAAGCCCGAGACCACUGGGUGUUUGGGGAUGAAAUGUGUAAAGUGGUCCUGGGCAUUUAUCACAUAGCUUUCUACUGUGGGAUCUUUUUCAUCAGUCUAAUGAGCAUCGAUCGAUACUUGGCAAUAGUGCAUGCUGUGUACGCUAUGAGAGCACGAACAAGGUCUUUUGGAAUAAUGGCAGCUGCUCUUGCGUGGCUGGCUGGAUUUUUGGCAUCUGUCUCUGACGUCAUCUUCCUCAAACAGCAACAGCAAAAGGGAAGCAACUUGACUUACUGCUACUCUCAAUAUCCAAGUGAUACGUUGGAUCCUUCCAGCUCAACCAACCCUCACUUCUGGAGGGUGUUCAACCUUUUAAAAAUGAACAUUGUGGGUUUAUUGCUCCCAAUUGUCAUCAUGGGUUUCUGCUACACUCAGAUCAUCUGGAGGCUUCUGUGGUCUCAGUCGUCAAAGAAGCAGGCCAUCCGUCUAGUUCUCAUGGUGGUGGCUGCUUUCUUUUGCUGCUGGGUGCCUUACAACCUUGCAUCCUUGUUCAAAGCACUGGAAUUGUUGCAUGUUUAUACCGCGUGCGAAAGCAGCAAGGCCAUCAGGUUGGCGCUACAGAUCACUGAGUCCAUCGCUUACUCACACAGCUGCCUUAACCCAGUCCUGUACGUGUUUGUCGGGCAGAAGUUCAGAAGACACCUGCUGAGGUUGAUAAACAGGGCUCCAUGCAGACUGUGUCAGACCAUCAAGGUUUUCUUGCCACAGGACAGAAUCAACGGCUCAGCGUACUCACAGACCACCAGUCUGGAUGAGAGGAGCACUGCUGUGUGAACUAUGUAGACGUGCUGAAGAUGGGUGUGUGUUUCUGUUGUUGAGACAACAUUUAUUUAAAGCCAGAAAAGGCUCUAUUUUGGUAAUUCUUUCUCAGACUAAUGUGCUUCCUUGGGGGUUAAAUUCAUGUCAUUUGUGUUGAGCAACUAGAAGAUGACUUAAGACAGACGGAGUGACAGUAGUUUAGCUAUUGUUUAAUAAGUUAUAAAAGCAGUGUUUGAGUGGAAUCACAAAACCUUGAAAUCUGAGCUAAGUCUUAAGUGUUCAGAGGAAAGAUCCGAGUUAGGCCCAAGUCUCCAUUAUUGUUAAUAUGAAUAUUCAUCACACGGAGGACAGUUAUAUUCAAAAAUAUGUACUGAAUGAACCUCACCUGACUGCGGGGCAACUUAAACUUGAUUUUAACAUCUUCAACAUAAAGACUUCAACAUAAACAUGGGUAGUCAAACUGGAAUCCCACAAAGUUUAAUUUCUCAAAGUCAGAUACAGAGGGGUACUGGGACGUACACACCUCAAUUUUCCCAUGAACUAGCCUGAAUCCUAUUUGUACCAAAAAUAAAGCACAAAGCAGGUAGAAAGCUUCACGAUAAUCAUGAGCAUAAAAUAUUGCAAUGACAAAAUGUUAUCACAACACUUAUGGCAUACUUGUAAACAAACAACACAGUCAUUAAGACUGAAGAAAGACAGGACAAGGUCAUCUGUUUGGGUUGAUGUUUGAAUUUAUGAUUUAUUCCCAUCAUUGUCAUUGUCAUUGCCUGUUAAAAUGAAUGUUUUUGUGUAGAUAAUUUCUUUGUACAUUUAGUUUGUCUUUUUGCCUCCUAUAUUGUAAAUCUAUGCUUUUAUUAGAGCCUGAGAAACAAAACAGAAUGAAAACAGAAUGGUUAAAAAAUAUGAAUUUUUAAUUAAUAAUCAGCCCCAAAAACGCACAAGCGCCAACAUUGUGCUUGGAUUUCCAGUAAAUCUAUCUGACUAUAAUCUACAUAACUAUCAGUUUUUUUAAAAGGGCCUGAUCAUUUCUCAGGGGGCUGCCACAGCCACCUCACCUGGGGUUGUUGCCUCUUUUUCUCCUUUUAUUUUCCAUUUGAUGACUUGUGGCUUCCACAUUGAAGGACCACCACUGUGAACCCACGGUAUUACAACAUGCUUAUUUUUUGCACAAUUAUGUUUAUCUUGUAAAGAUUUUUUCUGCCAAUACCAGAACAUUGCAACAGCCCUAUUAAAGAGCUGUAAAAUUAUCCAUGUUUCUAUUGUUUAACACAUCACCAGAUGACCUCUUGUUCUAGUCAGUUGUUUUGAUGUGUAAUGUACAUUAGCUUGAGGACACAUUCAUAUGUUUUUUUUAUAUUUAAAUUUUGUUUCUUGUGAUUGAUAAGAAAGUAGAUAUACCUGCAUUUCACACGCGAUUCCAGAUAACAGAAAUUCUAAGUAAAAUCUAAAGGAAACGGACCUGCACCUGCUGUCAAACAAGCUCAGUGCAAAACUGUGUCAAUUGAAUCAGCUGUCCACAGUGACGCUCUAACAGCAGCCGCAGAAACAACCUUCUGCCAAAGGAAACAACAGUAAUACUGCAACUAGAGAAAAAAACUUGACUGUUCUGCAUUAAAUUAGGGCAAACAAUCACAUGGCAAGUGUAAACUCUACUCGCACAUAACAACCACUUUCACACCCUUUUACUUCGAGUGUUAUUAUCUGCCCUCUGUGUGCAGCUGACAGCCUUUCUGCCUUCCAGUAUGAGUUACAGCAAAUUUGCAGCUAACCUCAACCUGAAGAAAACCACAGCCUGAAAACGGAAGAGUACAUCCGAGUCUUUGCAAGAGCUGUGCAAAUGUGAGCAAUUCAAAGUCAAAUGUCCCAUCAGUUGAUUUAAAACCUUUCAAGACCUAUAAAAACACAAUACACGCAAUACUUUGACAGUUUAAUUUCUGGAGUGUUUGGACUGGAGAUCUUAAUGGUAAAAAACAUGAUUAUCCAUAAGUCUGGCAGACUGAAUGUCUGUCUGAUCUAAUAAUUAAACAAAUAGUUUAGGUUUAGGUUUUUUUUUACAGCUAUUGUUAAUAUUAAAUGAUAUAAGAAAAAGCCGGAUAUCAUUCAGCAAAGACAUAAGCAGUAUCAUGUUGUCCACAGAGGGCGCCAAAAUCAACUCAUUCAGAAAGUUCCACACAGCUUUAGGCGGUAACUUCUCAGUUGCUGAGAGAUUCAAGAGAUACACCUUUUGAAAUAUAAAUACAUAUUUUUAAAAUAAUGUGAUGAUUAUGUUAACUCAGGUAUUUAUGUAUGAUAUUGAUCCAUAUACUGUACAUUGUUACAUUUUUAUUUUUUUCAUAAAUUGUAUUUUUUUAAUGAAAACCUUUGUUAAUCUCAAUAUUUAAUGAAUGUAAAAGAUGAGCAGUGAUCCUACAGUGGCCUUGUGACUUUCUGUUUUCUUUUUAUUUUAUCAAUUUAUUUUUUAUCAAUUUGAUAAUAAAACAAAGGAAUCCUGUUGACAUA